AUAAGCUUGUGGUUAUAAGGGUUAUAGCCGCAGCUUCAUUCACACACACAACCUUCAUUCUUCAAUUUCAUCAAUUUUAUUUUUCUUUGUUUAACCAAAAAAUAUUUUUUGCAAUCAAAUAAUUUGCGAUGAAGAGAAACAAACAAAGGAAAUUUUAAUUGAUUGCUGAUAAUUCAGCAACAUGAUCCCUUUGUUUUUGGUUCGUAUUCACUGAGCAUAAUCAUCAAACACCUUUUUUUUUUUCCUAUCUUUUUAACUUAAAAUCGAAGGUUCCUAUGGAGGAAACGCAUAAAUCAGUGCGUUGUUUAUUCAAGUUUGCCUUCGAAAAUUAAAUCGAGUUUGAAAUCUUAUUACUGACCAGGUUUCCGUAUAGCUUGUUCAACUUUUGAUUUUGAUUUCGUAUAUAUUAUUUUGAGAUUCAUAUUCAUGCACUGACAGUUUAAUUUUAUUUUGCGUAAUUUUUACAUUUGAUGGGUGUUUAAAAUAGAUUUAAACUGUCAAUGUAUGAAUAUGUUGUUAUUACGAAUGCGAAGAUCCCAGCAGAGAGGCAAGUUACUCUUAUAAGAGGCCACUCUAACCAUUGAUUUCAAUAUCCUUCGCAUAAUUAAUUGCCGAAUCGUAGGAUGUCCAAAUAUUUUUAGUUUUGGUGCAUCUUGAACCCUUGGCUAUAUUUUUAAUUAUUGUAUUGUAUGAUAUCAAAUUCAUUUUUUCAAGUAUGAAACUAUGUUGUUUUUUACUCUCAAUCAUGUUUCAAUUAUCGUGUGUCUAUGAUGGUGUUAUUAAAUAUACUUUGAGAUUUAUUUCUAUGAAUACAAUUUAACUCUGAGGCACCGAUUUUACACUUCAGAAAUUCAAUUUUUCAUUUAGGUUUUGUUAGUACUUUUUAUGAUUGUUAGUUACGUGUUUUUUUAUUCCUAAUCGAAAUCCCAUGACACUUUGUUUAGUUAUUUUUUGUUUUGUACUAUGAUUUUACAAUGCAAAUGAUGAUAAUCUAGACAGGGACAUCCGAUCUCCUAAUUAGAGAAAAUGAUGAUUUGUCGUGGGAAUCUCUCUGAUGCAUAAUUGAUUCUUUUAAACCAUAAUUUGCUUCUGAUUCUUAUGUUUUUAAUGAUGUUUUUCUUUCGGUUGUUUAUAUGGUUUAGGUAUGUUAAAAUGUUUGUUGUUUUUGGGUUAGUGCCAUCAUAUUCAAUUUUGCAAGUGACGAUAAAUUAGACAGGGACAUCAGAUCUCCUAAUUAGAGAAAAUGAUGAUUUGUCGAUGGGAAUCUCUCUGAUGCAUAAUAUGUUACAAAAUCGCUUUUUUUUAAUAAACUGUUGUAAAGUUGUUUAUGUUCUAAUCAAUAUUUUUGUGUUCCAACUUUGAAUUUAAACUUUUAUGUGCAAAUGAUGAUACGCUAGACAGGGACUCAGCACUUCGAAAGGAGAAUGUUGAUUUGUCUAAUGGGAAAACUCUCUGAUGCAUAUUGUUUUAAAAAAUUGAUUUCUUAAAGAAAAAUUUGAUUGUGUUUUGAACAUACUUUGGUUUUAAUUUAAUGUGAAAUCUCUCUAUUCUUAUGCAACUUUGAUUAUCCAAAUUGAAUUGUUGAUUUACCAGUUUUGAGAAAUUUUCAGAAAAUUUAGUAAGUAAUGAUUUGGCCAGUGAUGUAUUCAUUGCACGUAUUACCAGAAGUGUUACUUGAUGAUAUAUGCUCUAAUUGUCACUACCUCUGAGGCCAUUUCAUAUUGAGUUUAAUGUUUAUCCUAUAAUUUUUACUUUGAAAUUUCAUCAGAAUGUUUGAGCCUGAUGAUUGUCAUUAAGAACGGAGAUUUGAAAGUUGCUUUUGUUGAAGCCUCUGAUAAUCUCUGGGCUCCAAAAGCAUCUUCUGAAAUAAAUUGUUCUAUGUUUGUAUUAAUGAAGGCUUGUUUUUGGAUGUUUGCAUAUAACUGGUUUGAUGCAAUUUUCGUUGUUUAAUAUAUAGUUUUUGUUUAAGAUCAAAUACUAACGCAUUGUUCCAUUACUAAUACCCCAGAGUAUGUAUAAUCAAUGGAAAAUUCUAGGAAGAAGUCAAAAAACUCACUUCUUAAAAGAAGUCGCCACUGUGUCCAAUUAAUCCAAUUAAUGAAACAGUUGAAUUAGUCAAUUGCCACAUAGGAUUAUAUGGUGUAGAAGGCUUACCAUACAUCUUCUUGUUGCAAAUAAGUCCCUAACAAAUUAAAACUUACAAAAUUACCCCAAACUUAAUAUUGUUUUAUUAAUCAAAUAAUCAUAAUUCCCAAAUAAUCAAAUAAUCAAAUCAUAUCUUUUGUUUCAUUAUUCGUAUUUCUCCAUUCACCAGCCAACCUCUUUGUUUUUUGUCCACCAUUGUUGAACGAAGUGAUUUCUUCAACUUUGUCGUUUCAUCGUUCAUCAACAUCUUAUUCUCUCACCACCCAACCUCAUUUAUCUUAGAUUCUAUCGUUCACCAGUUGCUCGUCUACCAUUGUUGAACGAAGUUAGAUACCUUUGUUCAUAAAUUAAUUUGUGAAUUAGGUUAGAGACCUUUGAUUUUAGUGUUUAGGUAAUAUGGUUGUUUUGUAAUUGAUGCUGAGUUUUGUUUUGUGACAAUAGCCAUAUAAGGUUUGAUACCAUAACUGUUGAAGAAAUUCGUUCUAUGGAAUUUGCCACUCUUAAUGAAGCUUAUGACUUUUAUUACCGUUAUGGUAAAUAUAAUGGUUUUGCUGUUAGGAAAGGUGAUACUAGGGUAAGAGGUAGUGAAGGUAAUAAAGUAAUAAAAAUAAAGUAGUUUGUAUACAACAAACACGGUGUAAGAGAGAAGAGACACUUAGUUAGGAUAAGGCUCAGGUGGAUGGUCUUCAGAAACAUGGCAUUAGAACAUGUCAUAUAAUGGGGUACAUGGUAGCAUAGAAGGGUGGAUAUGCUGAUGUUGGUUUUACAAAGAAAUAUUUGUACAACUAUUUUGAUAAAGAUGGUGACAUCUUUAAACUAUCUGAAUAUAAAGUCGUCUAGUGAUCUCAUGCUUUAUGCUGAGUAUGCUGUAGACAACAUUAAUGGAAGAAUGAAGACUUUUUUGGGCUGAUUGGAUUAGUAGGACUGACUAUUUUUGUUUUGGUGAUGUGCUUGCAUUUGACACGACUUACAACUAUCUGUUGGUUGUAUUUUCAGGGUGUAACCACCACUCUCAAACAGUAAUUUUUGGUGCUGCAUUGGUGUCAGAUGAAAUGACGGAGACGUAUAAGUGGGUGUUGAGGUGUUUCCUAGAAUGCAUGGAAGGUAAACAACCAAAAGCGGUGGUAACAAAUGGGGAUGGGGCAAUGAGAGAGGCCAUAAAACAGAUAUUUCCCGAUGCUAACCAUAGGUUAUGUACUUGGCAUUUGAAUAAGAAUGCAAGUGAGAAUGUGAAGAACAGAAAUAAUUUUUUGGACGGUUUUUCAAAGGUCAUGUACUCAAAUUUUACAAUAGAUGAAUUUGAAGAGUAUUGGUCACAAAUGAUUAAAGAAAAUGGAGUGCAAGGACAUCCAUGGGUAGUCAAAACGUACGAGAAUAGGUCACUGUGGGCUACUGCAUAUCUACGAGAUAACUUUUUUGGACGUAUAAGAACUAUGUCGCAGUACGAAGCUAUUAAUGCAAUAAUUAAGAGUUAUGUCAGGAAGCAAGGAUGCAUUUUUGAAUUUAUGAACAACUUUGAUCAGGCUACGAGAGAUUAUAGAAAUAAUGAGUUGGUUGCUGAUUUUAAACCAUCGUCAAUAGAUCCUGUGUUGUCGACGCAACUGCCUGUGAUUGAGAGUCAUGCCGGUAAAAUAUAUACGGCGAAGCUUUUCAAAGAAGUUAGACAUGAAAUAUUGAAAGCCGGUGAAUUGAUAGUUAGGGAUAAAAGUGAAGUCGGGGGUAGGAAGACUUAUAGAUUGACAAAAUUUUGUAAGGAUGGUUAUGAAAGAAGUGUUGUUUAUGAUGGUUCGACAUUUAAGUGUUCAUGUAAGAGGUUUGAGUCCCGUGGCAUUCCGUGUUCUCAUAUUUUUUACGUAAUGAAGGAAGAACACGUUGAUCGUAUUCCAAGCAAUUUGGUUUUGACGCGAUGGACCAAGGAUGCAAAAAUUCAGUUUUUGAACAGCAGCAAUUGUAAUGAUAAUGUUGAUUUGAAUAUGAUUGCCGAAGCUUGUUUUGGUUCAUAUUGUAUGGUUUUAACAGAGUUCUGCAAAGAAGCUUCAAAAAAAGAUGGUGUUUAUGCACAAAUAAUGGAAGACCUGAUGCAGCUGAAAAAAAGUAUUGCAGUAAAGAUGAUGAUGCAAUCGGUACACAAAAGUCAGUAGUAGGCGAUCCAGUUAUGGUUAAAAGUAAAGGUGCUCCAAAGAAAAAGAAGAAUGUUGCAAAAUCUCCCAGGCGCUGUUCAAAUGCCAAAAAUACAACUCCUAAUUCGAAGAGAUGUUAGGGUACACAACAAACGACAGAACAAGCGGCAGAACCAAAUGUCGAUUUGUACUCGGUGUCGAUUUCUGAUUCUGUAAGCCAAAUUGCUGAG